GCUACAUCGGAGUUAUCAACUCAUUUAUAAACAUCUCUCCGAAUAGGGGCCUCUACGUUCAAAGAGGCACUUCGGCUUUCCUCCACAGAAUUCCUUCAACUGAAGAACGGAUUAAAAAAAAAGGCGUUCUUUUUCUUUUACUGAAGCAACAAAUCUGUGGCAUUCGUUGCAAUUUUCUUGCCUUAGGGUUAACUUUUGUUUUCAAAACGUGCCUUGUACGCAAACAAGCAAAAACUCGUAAAUGCUCUUCAUUGGAUAAGGCGAAGCAAAAGUUGUCUGGAUUUGCCAUCUGGUAGGACGUAUCUUAUCACACAAUGUCGCUUUACGUGAUAAUUUUAGUGGUUAUAGCAAAAAUACAUACAUGCUUGGCUCAAGAAAAUUCAACUUCUCUUGUCAGCAAUGAAUCCAGCAUCGUUUCACCAACAGCUGCUUCCAAUUCAUCUGAUCGUAGGGAUCCAGAGCUGGUCACGGAAGCUGCAAAUACUAUGUUUGAAGAGUACUGGCAGAUUUAUUUGAUGAACAGCCCUGAAACUGCAACCGUACUUGGAGAUCACAGAUACGAUAACAAGCUCAGCAGCUACAGCUUGAAAUCGUAUGAAAAGGAUAAGGUCAUGGUAACUGAGUUCUUACAGAGAGCCAAUGAGUUGUUGCCACAUGCACCAGAAGGAGGCGAAACUCGGAUGAAUUUAAAACUCUUCGUGAUGAUUCUUCAAUAUAAGUUGGAUCAACUAAUGGCAGGAAGCUACUUAUUCCCUAUAUCAAAAAUAGACACUCCUGAAAUGACCCUGCGUUAUCUUCUGAAGUAUAUAAAACUUAAUACCACUGAGCAGUACUGGAAUUUGAUUGCUAGAUACAGAGCUGUACCUAAGCAAAUUGAUGAAAUCAUUGAACUGAUGAGAGAAGGAAUUAGGACUAAUUACACACUCAAUGAAAAUUCGGUGUUUUCCGAUGCUGCUAAAUGGAAACUGAGUGCACACGAUUCUCCAUUUUACAAGCAUUUCGCUAAUAUUUCCAGUUUCGUUCCUGAAGAUGAAAUAGAAGCAAUACAAGAAAAUGCUAGCGAUGCAAUCAUGAAUUCUCUAGUUCCUGCUUUCCAAAAGCUGGCAGACUUCAUGGAAAAUGAAUACCGUCCUCACCUUCGAGCUGAUAUAGGUGUAGGUAGUUUGCCCAAUGGUGAAUACUUCUACAAAAAUAAGCUCGCCUAUCACCUCACGGAUGCUACUGUCAAUGCUGAGAAAAUCCACCGGAUGGGGCUGUCAGAAGUAGCAAGAAUAUCACACGAGAUGGAAGAA